UACACAAAACGAAAGUGCUUGUACGGGUGAAUUGAUAUUAGUAUCGAAAUAUAUGUAAUUUUUCCGAAUCUUCUCAAUAUAUUUUUUAUUCUAGCUUCCUAAUAGCUAUCAGAAUGUUAGCUCCUGUAUUUACGUUAAAUUUGAGUCACAAAAUAUUGGCGCACAGAGUUACAAUAGGCAAAUAUGAUGGUAUUCAUCCAUGUUUAACUGCUGCAACAGCUUCAGACAAAAUAUUUGUUCAUAGCCCCCAUAGAAAUACUUUAUAUAAAGGAGGACGUUGGGCUGAUUCAUCUUUGUCUGGAGACUUGAGUCUUUUGAACAUAAAUCAGUCUGUCACAUGUGUAGCUGCUGGACCUUUAAAACCAGAUACAAAAAAUGAUAUACUUGUUGUUGGAACUGCUACUAACUUACUAGCAUAUGAUGUUGAAAAUAAUACUGAUUUAUUUUACAAAGAUGUGCAUGAUGGUGCAAACUGUCUUCUAAUAGGCCAUCUUGGAGACAGAGACAAGCCUUUAGCAAUAGUUGGAGGUAAUUGCUCUUUACAAGGUUUUGAUCAUGAAGGAAAUGACCCAUACUGGACUGUCACUGGUGAUAAUGUUAGUUCCAUCAUAUUGUGUGAUUUUAAUCAUGAUUCAUUCAAUGAGUUGAUUGUAGGAUCUGAAGAUUUUGACAUUCGUGUUUUCCGAAAUGAUGUUAUAAUUGCAGAAAUGACAGAGACAGAAGCAGUAACUGGUUUAUGUAAAGUGAUGGGUCAGCAUUUUGGUUAUGCACUUGCAAAUGGCACUGUUGGUGUUUACAAAGGCGUUGAUAGAUCAUGGAGAAUAAAGUCAAAAAAUCAAGCAAUGUGUUUGAAUAGUUAUGAUAUUGAUGGUGAUGGAGUACCUGAAAUCAUAACUGGUUGGAGUAAUGGCAAGAUUGAUGCUCGCAAUGUUCAGUCUGGAGAAGUUGUUUUUAAAGAUAAUCUUUCUCAUUGCAUUGCUGGAAUUGUAAAAGGUGAUUAUCGUUUAUCAGGGAAAGAAGAAUUAAUCUUUUGUGCUACAGAUGGGGAAGUUAGAGGUUAUGAAGCUACAUCAGCCGAGAUGCGUCAUCAUAUGCUUGAUGCUAACUUUGAACAAGAGACUAUUAGAGACCUGGCCCAAAAAAAGCAGGCAUUGCUUUUGGAAUUGAGAAAUUAUGAAGAAAAUGCUAGAAUUGGAAGUGGUAAUUUAAAAACAGCAGGACGAGCAAGCCAACAUCAUGAUGAGUAUGGCAUAAUUCCGGCUACAACACAGUUAAAAACAGGACUUACCAUUAACCUUGGAUCUGAAAAAAUUGGGCCUCAUAUUGAAGUUUCAUUGGAGACUACAAAUAAUACUAUUAUACGGGCAGUCCUUAUCUUUGCUGAGGGAAUAUUCGAUGGAGAAUCUCAUGUUAUCCAUCCCAAAGAAAAUCAACUAUUUUCGUCAAUACAUAUUCCUUUAUGGCCUCCUAAAGAUCUGCCAAUAGAUUUACACAUCAAAGCUAUGAUUGGCUACAAAGGAAGUGUACACUUUCAUGUAUUUGAAUUAACAAGACAGUUACCCAGGUUUUCAAUGUAUGCCCUUAUGUCAGAACAUACGGAUGAAGAACCUGAGAGUUAUGUGAAAUUCUUCCUCAAUGACAGAAUUCAGCGGGUUCUUUUAUGGGUUAAUAAUAAUUUCCUGCUGAUGCAAGAUUUAGACUAUACAAAUCAGUUAAAUUUAAGAUUCACAUGUUUACGUUCUCAGCAGCCAUUGAUUAUAACAAUGGAUUCAUCUUCAGAGGUAUUUAUAAAGACAGAUGACAUGGAAUUAGCAGGAGAACUGAUACAGUCAUUGGCACAGUCUCUAACCCUAGAAGAUCUUUCUGUCACAGCUCACUUUCCUCAAGAAAUGGAAAACUUGAGUAAUAUGCUUACAAAAGUAAAUGAACAUCAAUCAGUUAGACAGCAGCUGUCUGCAGAUAUGGCUGAUAAUUCAGGCUUGAUAAGAAAUCUUGUUGUCAGAGCUGAAGAUGCUCGACUUAUGAGAGAUUAUGCAUCCAUGCGACGAUGGCAUCAAGAUUUACAUGCUUUGAAUACUGAGCUUAUAAAUAAUUAUAAAAUAAGGUCAAACAACCAUGAAGAGCUUAUGACAUGCCUAAAGCAAGUAAAUCAAAUUAUUCAACGAGCAGGAAGGCUCAGAGUUGGAAGGCCCAAAACUCAGGUGAUUAAUUCAUGCAGAGCUGCUAUAAAGAACAAUGACAUUACUUCUCUGAUUAAAGUAAUCAGCACUGGAGACCCAUGAUUUCAAAAAUUAUUUAUAUUGUGUGAAAUAUUUUUGUACCUUUUUGUUUUAAAUGAGGUUAUUUAAAAUUGUUCUUUCUAGUCCUAUGUAAUGUUCUGAUGUCCAUUAAAUGCUAAGCUUAAAAAAAACUAAUUGUUCAUCAGCAUGCACAAUUAUUUAAUAAUUUUAAACGAUAUUAUUAUAUUUUUAUCAUAUUAAUGCAGAACAAUUUAAUAAAUCGAUUUUUAAUCCUGUCA